AUGUCUUCCCUCAAACUUCUUCUGGACCAUCAGUUUAAAAUAAAAGAUUUGGGGCUUCUUCACUAUUUUCUUGGGUUGGAAGUGUUACCAGAACCUGGAGGGGUGAUCGUUUGUCAAAGGAAGUUUGCUCUUGAUCUAUUAACUGAGUUCAACUACUUGGAUUGCACUCCUGUAGCUAGUCCGAUGGAUGUUACUAUGAAAUUCAAAGCCCAUUUUGAGGAACUCUUGCAUGAUCCUACACUUUACAAAAAGUUGGUUGGGAAACUGAAUUUUCUCACUAAUACUAGGCCCGACCUUGCUUUUUCCGUGCAAUUCUUAAGCCAAUUUAUGCAUGCUCCUUCUUCUUCUCAUCUCACUGCUGCCUUUCAUGUGCUUAAAUAUGUCAAAGGGACUUUGGGUCAAGGUUUGCUUAUGUCUAAUGAUCCUGAUUUUUCUCUUCAAGCUUACUGCGAUUCUGAUUGGGCAACUUGUCCCCAUUCUCGCAAAUCUGUUAGUGGUUAUCUGGUUCUACUUGGGGGGUCCCUUCUUACUGGAAAUCCAAGAAACAACAAACUGUUGCCCUCUCUUCUGCUGAAGCAGAAUACAGUUCCCCUUCACUGUGACAGUCAAUCUGCCAUUUAUAUAGCUCGAAAUCCUGUUUUUCACGAACGCACCAAGCAUAUUGAGCUUGACUGUCAUUUUGUACGGGAAAAGCUUCAUGAGGGUCUCAUCUCUUUAUCUUUUGUACCUAGCAGACUGCAGCUUGCGGACAUGUUGACUAAAGCUCUUCCUGGAGUGGCUCACCGAUCCAUCUUGAGCAAGUUGGGUGUGGCCAACCGCCCUCCAACUUGA